ACCCCAGUCCCUAUAGCUGCCCUAAAACUCACCUGAGGUUAGCAUAGUGAGUCUGGUGCACAAAUAUCACCUACAUUCAAAGAAAAAUCAGUUUAUAUGACAUUAGAUUGGGUUGGGCUGUUAUUAUUUUGUACUAGCAAUGACUUUAAAUACUCCUCCCAUUUUGAAGUAAUGGAUACACCUGGAAGAGGAGAUUCUGAUGACACCCUUGGCCUUCCAUGAGUCUGUCAAAGCCAGUUUACCAUAUACCCCUCCAUGAAAUCACCUGGAAGCUACUUCAGCCUUAAAGGACCGGUAGCGGCACUAUAGCCAUGAAGCCUGCGUCCCACCAUCACUCACUGCCCCUUUUGCUUCUUUUCCUUUUGUCAGCAACAUCUGUAGGAAAUGAGUUCAGGGCUCUGGCAAGGUCUCCCUCACUUCCACUGAUAAAGACUCUACUGGACCAUGGACCUCUCAAACCAAGCAUGGCAGCAAAACAUGAGCUGAGCUUGCAACACCUGCGAUUCAUGUUGGAUUUGUACAGGAGGUCAGCCGAUGGGGAUGGGAGACCAAGGACUGGCCAUCAGGCAGGAGCUGCAGUGAGGCUGGUGAGACCCCUCAAACAGGCAUCUUUUAAGACCGGAGAUCACUGGCACACGCAGACUUUCAUGUUCAACCUUUAUGGGCUGGUAAGUGCAGAGCAGUUGUUGAGGGCUACUGCAAUGCAUCCUUUUGCACUCCGGUUGGGUGACACCUCCUUUUCCUGCAUGGUGGACCUCCUGCCUAAUGCUGCUCUCUCCUCAAAAACUAGACAUCAUGCUGGAAGACGAAUGUGGGCAGAGACGGAUUUAACAUCGCAACUUAAAGCUGUGAUAGAGGGCUCAGAGAAGACUUUGUACCUUCAGCUAAUGUGCAACAAGUUUGGAAGGCAACCAAUGAAGCAGCGGGCUGUUUCUUCCUCCCAUAUUCCAUUUUUGCUACUAUACCUCAAUCACACUUUGCACAGUUUAAGCACAGUAAAAAACAUAGCCGCUGGGGAGCCGGGAAAGGGUUUGCUAGGCAAAUCUGUACCUAGCCUGCUCAAAAGGAAACCACGCCAGGCAGGAACUUUAGGCAUCAAGCUUCCAAGGUUUCCAAACCAAAGUGGACAGUCCAAGAAUCAGUGCAGUCUCCGUCCAUUCUGGGUUAGCUUCCACCAGCUAGGAUGGGAUCACUGGAUCAUUGCUCCACAUAGGUACAACCCUGGUUACUGCAAGGGAGACUGCCCCAGACUUCUUCACUCAGGUUAUAAUUCACCCAAUCAUGCCAUCAUCCAGAACUUCAUCAACCAGGUAGUGGAUGGGAGCGUCCCACGACCAUCUUGUGUGCCAUACUCCUAUGGUCCCAUAAGUGUCCUCAUGAUUGAACCUGGAGGCAACAUUCUCUACAAAGAGUAUGAGAAUAUGAUGGCGGAAUCUUGCACCUGCCGAUGAAACGGUGACCCUUUCCUGGACACCCUAGCAAAAUAACAAGCACUUUAUAAUGCCACUUUAACUAUUUAAACUACUCGUAUAAUAUAUAUGUAUAUAUAUGUGUGUGUUUGAGAAAUAAUGGUGAAUCAAGUCAAUUACUAGCAGGUUUGCCCAAAACUAAUAUUGUAUUCCCCUUCCAUUCCCUGUCUUUCUCCUGAGAAAGCUAAAUAAAGACUUUUUCACUUUUUGUAA